UGGCAAACUCAGCCCACUUUACAAGACAAACUCAGCCCACUUUUCAAGACAAACUCAGCCCACUUUUCAAGACAAACUCGGCCCACUUUACAAGACAAACUCAGCCCACUUUACAAGACAAACUCAGCCCACUUUACAAGACAAACUCAGCCCACUUUUCAAGACAAACUCGGCCCACUUUACAAGACAAACUCAGCCCACUUUACAAGACAAACUCAGCCCCCUUUUCAAGACAAACUCAGCCCGCUUUUCAAGACAAACUCGGCCCGCUUUUCAAGACAAACUCGGCCCACUUUACAAGACAAACUCAGCCCACUUUACAAGACAAACUCAGCCCACUUUACAAGACAAACUCAGCCCACUUUACAAGACAAACUCAGCCCACUUUUCAAGACAAACUCAGCCCACUUUUCAAGACAAACUCGGCCCACUUUACAAGACAAACUCAGCCCACUUUUCAAGACAAACUCAGCCCACUUUUCAAGACAAACUCGGCCAAUUUUAAAAGACAAACUCGGUCCACUUUACAUGAUAAACUCAGCCCACUUUUAG